UUUUUUUUUUCGUCUUUGAGAAGCUUAAGGUUCCCGAAACGGUUACAUAAUAAUAUCAUAACAGAGAAACAAACAUAGGCAUCAUACGAUUCCUUUCUGUCUCACACACAACACAACCUUCAAAAAUUUAUCACUUUGCUUUAUUUAUGUUCUCCCUCUCCCAUUCAUCUCACUCGCUUCUGUAAUUCAGCUUUCGCAAACUACCAAGACAAACCGCAUGGACUAUCCCACUCCAACUGCAAGUUCAAUCCUUUCUCAAUUUUGAUUGGACCGAUUGUGAUUCCGGAACCCGGAAGUGGGUUUGUGCUGAGAAUUGGUUGAAGUAGCUGCUCAAAUUUUCAUUCUUUUCAUUCAUGGAUAAGUUGUGCUGUUUUAAGGCUUCCUACUCUCAGGGGGUUGUUAAUGCAAUGAAGGCGGCUUUGUUAUGCAAUCAAAUACUUAUCCUACCUUCUACAUAUGUCACCUGUACUAGCAGGACUAUUCAAUAUCUUUGUGUUGGUUGCUUUACAGCUUGUAGCAGCACGUUCUUCAUCCAGCACUGGUAAGGGGAAAAAUCAUGAAGGCUCAAUAAAGUAUGGUUUCAGCCUUGUAAAAGGGAAAGCUAAUCACCCAAUGGAGGAUUAUCAUGUUGCCAAGUUUGCUCAGAUAAAAGACAAUGAAUUGGGUUUAUUUGCUAUCUAUGAUGGCCAUUUGGGUGACCGUGUGCCUGCCUACUUACAGAAACAUUUGUUUACCAACAUUCUGCGGGAGGAGGAAUUUUGGGAAGACCCCACUCUUUCCAUCUCAAAAGCUUACGAGAUCACAGAUCAGGAAAUUCUAUCAAACAGUUCUGACCUUGGGCGUGGUGGAUCAACAGCCGUAACUGCUAUAUUGAUCAAUGGGCGAAGGUUAUGGAUAGCUAAUGUUGGAGACUCACGAGCUGUUCUUUCUAGAAAAGGUCAAGCUUUACAAAUGACUAUAGACCACGAGCCAAACAUGGAACGAGGCAGCAUUGAGAAUAGAGGUGGCUUUGUCUCUAAUUUGCCAGGUGAUGUGCCUAGAGUAAAUGGACAACUUGCUGUUUCUCGAGCAUUUGGUGACAAGAGUCUCAAGUCACAUUUGCGAUCAGACCCUGACGUGCAGAACACUGACAUAGAUGUUGAUACUGAGAUUCUAAUAAUUGCAAGUGAUGGACUUUGGAAGGUAAUGACAAAUCAAGACGCUGUGGAUAUUGCUAGAAGAUCGAAAGACCCACAGAAGGCAGCUAAGCAACUUACUGCUGAAGCAUUAAAAAGAGAUAGUAAAGAUGAUAUAUCUUGUGUUGUGGUUAAAUUCAGGUGAUGGUAUCUUUCAAACCAAGUGUCCUAUUGGGGUGCAGUUUAUAGCAAGCAAUAAAGGUACAUCUAUGAAAUGGUCCAGACCAAACAACAUAUAUUACAUGAUGUUUGGGUUAGUCCUUAACUUUUCUGAAUAGGUAAUUUUCCAUGGAAAAUAGAAGGGUUUAUCAAGCUCUAAAAUUGCUUUCUUUUAUCAGAUUUUGUGGUUUGAGAAUGUUUUUCAUUUGUUUCUGCAAAAGUGUGAUUGCUCAGAGUCUGCUGUAUAUUGUCUUUUGAUUCUUCAUAAAAGACCUAGCGGCUGUGUAAAAGACGAAUAUGCUUUUAGUUAUCGAUUGGGGUAUAGUGAGUGCUAGGAUGAUUGGUCCUAUUCACGGUUGUAUU